ACGACUCACUGGACUGUAAGCACUUUUCAGGCAGCUUCACUUUCUCAAAGAUGAUGCUUUCUUUCGUUUCCUUACUAAGUUUCACUCUCCUUUUCAUCCACGGCGGAUCAACCCAACCCCCAUUUGCAUGUGAUUCAUCGAACCCAGAAACCAAAAACUACCUUUUUUGCCAAACCGAGUUACCCAUAACUCAAAGAGCUAGGGACCUGGUUUCAAGGCUUACAUUAGAUGAAAAAAUCUCUCAACUCGUUAACUCAGCUCCGGCUAUCCCACGGCUAGGUAUCCCGGCAUACGAGUGGUGGUCGGAGGCCUUACACGGCGUUUCCAACGUCGGUCCCGGCGUCAAGUUCGACGGUACCAUUAAAGCCGCUACUAGCUUCCCUCAAGUCAUCCUCACCGCUGCUUCUUUUGAUCCGUAUCAAUGGUACCGCAUUGGCCAAGCGAUUGGAAGAGAAGCGAGAGCUAUGUAUAAUGCAGGGGAGGCAAAUGGGAUGACAUUCUGGGCACCAAAUAUUAACAUAUUUAGGGACCCGAGGUGGGGAAGAGGGCAAGAAACACCAGGGGAAGAUCCAUUUGUGGUUGGGAAAUAUGCUGUGUCGUAUGUGAGAGGGGUUCAAGGAGAUACUUUUCAAGGCGGGAAACUCCAUGGACACCUUCAAGCUUCAGCUUGUUGUAAGCAUUUUACAGCUUAUGAUUUGGAUAAUUGGAAGGGUACGAACCGGUUUCUCUUUGAUGCUCGUGUAACAGUGCAAGAUUUAGCCGACACAUACCAACCGCCAUUCGAGAAGUGCGUACGAGAUGGGCGAGCCAGUGGAGUUAUGUGUGCUUACAAUAGAGUUAAUGGCGUCCCAAGCUGUGCUGAUUCCAGUCUCUUGUUCAAGACUCUGAGGGGCGAAUGGGAUUUCAAAGGGUAUGUCACAUCGGACUGUGAUGCGGUUGCAAUCAUCCAUAACGAUCAAGGAUACGCCAAAGCACCUGAAGAUGCUGUUGUUGAUGUUCUCAAGGCCGGCAUGGAUCUCAACUGUGGAUCCUAUUUGCAGAAUUAUACCAAAUCUGCAGUACUGCAGAAAAAACUACCAGAAUCUCAAGUAGACCGAGCUCUCCAUAAUCUGUUUGCUGUUAGAAUGAGAUUAGGCCUUUUCAAUGGAAAUCCAGUGCCAAAUCCUUUUGGAAAUAUUGGAAUGGACCAAAUCUGCUCCCCCGAGCACCAGAUUCUAGCACUUGAAGCUGCUCGUAAUGGCAUUGUCCUUUUAAAGAACGAUGCUAAACUCCUUCCACUUCCAAAAUCUACCAUGUCGCUUGCUGUAAUAGGUCCAAAUGCCAAUUCGCCACAAACACUUAUCGGAAACUAUGCAGGCCCUCCAUGCAAGUCUGUUACUCCUUUGCAAGCUUUGGAGAGCUACAUUAAGAACACCGUGUACCACCCCGGUUGUGAUACGGUUUCUUGUUCUACUGGUGCAAUUGACAAAGCAGUCGACAUAGCAAAACGGGCAGAUUAUGUAGUGUUGAUAAUGGGAUUAGAUCAAACUGAAGAAAGAGAGGCACUCGAUCGGGUUGAUUUGUUUCUUCCCGGGAGGCAACAGGAACUCAUUGUCAGCGUUGCGAAAGCUGCAAAGAGACCAGUUGUUUUAGUGCUUCUUUCCGGAGGUCCGAUUGAUAUAUCUUUUGCUAAGGAUGAUCCGAGAAUCGGUGGCAUUUUUUGGGCCGGUUAUCCAGGAGAAGGCGGAGGUAAUGCACUCGCGGAAGUAAUCUUCGGUGAUCACAAUCCAGGAGGGAGAUUACCCGUAACUUGGUAUCCGCAAGAUUUCACCAAAGUGCCAAUGACAGACAUGAGGAUGAGACCUGAAUCGUCAUUGGACUAUCCCGGACGCACAUACAGAUUCUAUAAAGGAGACACGGUUUUUGAAUUCGGUUAUGGCCUUAGUUACUCAAAGUAUUCGUAUUCGUUUACCCGUGUGUCCCAAAACAAUCUUUAUUUGAACCAUUCUUCGAGUUUACAUACAAAGGAGACCUCCGAAUCUGUACGAUACAGGCUAGUUUCAGAAGUAGGUGCUGAAAUCUGUGAUGAAAGGAAGAUCACAGUCCAUGUCGGAGUGAAAAAUAACGGGGAGUUGGCAGGUAAGCAUCCGGUAUUGUUGUAUGUGAGGCAUGGAAACCAUGGAAAUGGGAGGCCAAAGAAACAAUUGAUUGGAUUUCGAAGUGUGAUAUUAAGUGGAGGGGAAAUGGGUGAAAUUCAGUUUGAAGUUAGCCCUUGUGAGCAUUUAAGUAGGGCUAAUGAAUAUGGUUUAAUGGUAAUGGAAGAAGGAAGGCAUUUCUUGGUUGUAGGAGACAACAAACAUCCCAUCACCAUUAUAAUUUGACUUGUGUCCGACAUGGAUAUGUUCGAUUUUUCUUUUCUUUUUGAUGUUGGUCUACGAAUAUGGAGGAUUUAUGCAUUAAACACGAAUACUUCAUAAGAAAAUAAAGAAAAUGAAUAGUCGGACUUGAAGCUAAGAAAUAAAUUUCUACCAUGUAUAUUUCAGGAACAAACUAUGUUCAUUUUUAUUCUACUUUCUAGCCUGUAAAAUAUGUGAUGAAAUUCGGGUACAUGUCCCACUAAGAAUAAAUAAUAUAUUUAGGGUAUAAUUUUAAAUUUAA